AUGCAAGACCUAACAGCUGAGGUAACGAGCAGUCUGCUGCAGUUUCCAGAGGUGACUCUUCAGGCACUUGGGGAAGAUGAGGGAACCCUCGGCUCUGUGCUGUGCGGGAGGUUUUCUGGAGGGAGAAACGGCCUGGCGUGGUUGGCACGUGGUCCUCACCUUGAGGUGGUGAACUGUGUGACAGGAGAGCGGCUCUCUGCGUACCGUUUCAGUGGAGUCAAUGAACAGCCUCCCACUGUUCGUGUGGUGAAGGAGUUUUCCUGGGAGAAGAGAACUGGACUGCUGGUUGGGUUGGAAGACGCAGAGGGAAGCGUUCUCUGUCUGUACGACCUUGGACUCUCAAGAGUGGUUAAAGCAGUUGUUCUUCCCGGGAGGGUAACCGCUAUAGAACCCAUAGCGAAUCACGGAGGACCCAGCGUGAGCACUCAGCACCUCCAUCAGAGUCUGCGAUGGCUCUUUGGGGUGGCAGCAGUGGCUACAGAUGCUGGCCAUCUGCUUCUGGUUGACCUUAGUUUGGAUGAUUGCUCCUGCACUCAGAAUGAUAUCGAAGCAUUGGAUCUAGAAGUUGUCACUAAAAAUCCUGCUGAAGUUGCACAAAGAAGAGAAACUGUGACCAGCGAAGGGAGACGUCUCUGUUUUCAACUACAAAAUGCUUCCGGAACAGCAGUAUCAGCCCUGUGCUACAUAAGCAGAAGCAACCAGCUCGUUGUGGGUUUCUCAGACGGCUACCUGUCGCUCUGGAAUAUGAAAACUUUGAAGAGAGAGCACCACGCUCAGCUUGAAGGAGGGAGGAUUCCUGUCUAUGCUGUCACUUUUCAAGAGCCUGAGAAUGAUCCUCGCAAUUGUUGCUACUUGUGGGCUGUUCAGUCUACGCAGGAAAGUGAAGGUGAUGUGGUGAGUUUACACCUGCUGCAGUUAACGUUUGGUGACAGAAAACGCGUGGCCUCAGGACAAGUCAUGUAUGAGGGUUUGGAAUACUGUGGCGAAAAGUUCAGUUUAGAUCUCACGGGUGGAGUCUUUCCCUUGAGAGGCCAGAUGAGUACUACAUUAAUCAGCUGCCAGACUGUCGAAAAAUUCCGCAGCGACGUUGGCGGAGAGGAUAGCGUAAAUGAAGUCACGUCUCCUGACACCAGUGUCUCAGUCUUCAGUUGGCAAGUGAAUACGUACGGUCAGGGAAAACCAUCUACUUACCUGGGUGUAUUUGACAUUAAUCGCUGGUAUUCUGCUCAAAUGCCAGAUUCGCUAAGGCCGGAAGAAUUCCCUCAUGAGUGCCCCUAUUUUGCACUGUGGUCGCUGGAUACCGUAGUGAGCGUGACUUCUCCGAAGCUCCUUUUGGAUAUUCUGGUCCAUGAGCGGAGUCUAAGUCGGGGAGUUCCUCCUUCUUAUCCACCACCUGAGCAGUUUUUUAAUCCAAGCACCUAUAACUUUGAUGGUACGUGCUUGCUGACCUCCGGAGUCGUUCACAUGACUUGCACCGGCUUCCAGAAGGAGACCUUGAAUUUUUUGAAGAAAUCUGGCCCUUCAAUAUGGGAAGCCAUUCAGGAGAGCUACAAUAGGUGUCUUGUAGCUGGCUUGCGGUCUCCAAGACCAGUUGAUGUCCAGCCAUCCAGUUUGAGUCAGGAGGAGCAGCUGGAAGCAGUAUUGUCAGCUGCUGUCCAGACAGGUUCUGUGGGACUUCUGACUGGAUGCAUUAAACAUUGGAUAUCUGAAGAGCAGCCAAGGUCUGCUGGUAAUUUACGGUUUGUUCUUGAGUGGACAUGGAACCAAGUGAUCUCUACAAAGGAAGAAUUUGACCAAAUCUGUGUUCCGCUGUUUAAUGGCUCUUGCAACUUCAUUGACGCCCAGACAUUACGGUCUCUCCAGCGCUGCCAGUUGCUUUUGAGCAACCUUAGCACGGUCUUAAACUGUUUUCUCACAGAAGCACAAGAGCUUACUGGAAAAGGUUUUGCAGACGUGACAAAUAAGCAAGCGGUAACCGGCCUCAUUUCUUUGUAUGCACGAGUGGUCAUCUGGUUCUGUCGAUCCGGUCUCCUUCCAGAGGGUUUAGAUGACGAUACGCGUUUGUCGAGACCUUUCUACAAUUAUCCUCUGAUUGAGAGCUACUAUACUGGUCAGCGACAGAAACUUGAGCGUUUAUCAAGAGGAAAAUGGGACUCGGACUGCUUGAUGGUUGAUGGAAUGGUUUCCCAGUUAGGAGACCAAGUGGAGAAGCUGUGGCGGAGAGAUGCAGGAGGAACUGGGAAAUACCCGCCUGCCAGUUUGCAUGCACUGCUGGAUCUCUAUUUGCUAGAAAGCAUUGAAGAAAACUGCAAACACGCAAUUACAAUUUACUUGCUGCUGGAUAUCAAGCGUUCCUUUCCGAGUGAGACAGAAACUUCAGUCGACUCCUUCCCAACUGCCUUUGGCAUGCCUUGGGGACUUGUUAAGCUUGUUGAAGGUUUUUGGCUUCUCGAUCACAAUGAUUACGAAAAUUCACUGGCCCUGCUCUUUCAUCCCGCUACAAUCAAAACCGCGUCAUGGCAGCACAAGAGAAUUAUUCAGUCCCUCCUGUGCCAAGGGGAGCAUGGGCAAGCCCUCAGAUAUAUCCAGAUGAUGAAUCCAUCAGUGUCAAGCAGCGGGGAAGUGCAGCUUCUCCUCACUGUGUUGCUCUCCAAUAGGUGCAUGGUGGAGGCUUGGGGUCUGUUGCACCAACAUGCCGCUCAGGCAAACUUAGAAGACCUCUUAAAACACAUGUACGAAACGUGCCGGGAGAUGGGCCUGAUGGAAGACUUGCUGAAGCUGCCUUUCACAGACACCGAACAAGAGUGUUUGGAGAAGUUUUUAAGGACCAGUGCUGGUGUUCAGAAUCAAGAAUUCCUUUUAGUCUACCAUCUGCAGCGUGCCAACUACAUUGCAGCACUAGAGCUGAAUCAGUCCAUGAAUGUCAAUCUUAUGAAUGAUCAUGAUCCUCGCUUGAGAGAGAGGGCAGUUGCCCGAAAUUCUGCAUUACCCCAAUAUGGCAAGAUCCUUCCACGAAUUCAAAGGAAGCUGGCCGUAGAGAGAGCCAAGCCUUACCAUUUGCCUGCGUCGGUCGUAAGAGAAGUCUCAAGACCAACGCCAUUAUCCACCGUAACAAACCCAGCUAAUGCAGGACAUUUGUGUACUAGAGAAAAUUUCCUCAGUGCUGUAUUGUGCAAAACUGGAGAAGUCUGGGAAGGAAAUGAGCAGGAAACCGGUUUCUCACGUGUUGAUAGGUUGCCUGAUUUGAUGGUCCAUCCCGUUCCUUCAUGUUCUGCAGCACAGUCACCGUGCAGAGCUUCCACUUCGUUCAUGCCAUCCAGCCCACCGAGAUCAAAUAUGCAUGGUUCCACCUCACAAAAUAAUUUUUCAGGAGGCUCAGAGCUGAAUUUACUUACCACUCCUCCUGUGGUUAAGAGAGCUAAAGUUUUGGCCACAUCUGCUUCUGGUGUUCCUGGGUUUACUCCUCGGUCUGUUCUCAGAUCCAGCCUUCGCACCACUCCCCUAGCUACUCCCUCCGCGUCUCCGGGACGAUCGGUCACUCCUCCUUUACGAGCAAAGGAGCCUAGGAUAUCAUUCAGGGAGGAGAACUCGAAUGCAGCGUGGACUGUUGGGGUGACAGAAGAUGCUAAAGUGCUGUCUGGACCUUCGUCUGAGCAUCAUCAUCGUGGAGUGGUGGAGGAUGCUUGGUCGGAAAGUAGAGCUAAACCAACUCUGUUGACUCUGAGCAAUCCCGAGGAUGAUCGUGCUGAAACGGAAGAGUCUUCAGAAAGCAUACCUGGAGAUGGUUUGGAGAAAAUGGAUGUCAGCAAAGAAAAUAGUAACAUCUCUGCCAGAAGUGAAACAAACUACCAGGAGUCCAAAAUGUCCUCUUCGUCCGAAGAAAAAGCCAUAGCAGUUGCACCAAAUGCACAGCUUUCUGCAUCCCCGGAGACAGACGCUGUGAUAAGUAUCCUUGACAGUGAGGACAUGGUCAGUACUCAUUCAGAAAAUCGCCUCGAGGGGAAGUGUGUGGAUUUACCUGAAGAACAGAACCAGGAAGCAGCUGAAGUUGAAGAAAAUGUUCCUUUUCUGCAGGAAGAAAUAACUCUUUCUCUCAAUCUUCCUAAAACUGAGGAAACGACUGUGAUUGAAGACAGUGGGGUUAAGGCACAAAUCUCUGAAGAGGCACCGGAAACACCACCCUAUAGUGAACGACAUCCAUCAGGCAAUCUUCCAUACACCUGUGAUCCUAUAGAGCAGCAGUUUGCAUGUGAUUUGCCUGACGAUAAAGAUGGUGAAUGUGAUGCAGCUGAGGGAGAUGGAGAGCUUUUUAUAUCUCAGAGUAAUUUUACUUUAGUCUUGGAAGAAGAAGGUGGUGAAGGGGAGAUGGGAGACCCUACACUAGGAGAUGCUUCUAAGCCGGCUGGCGCAACAACAGAGGAGAAACCUGUGAACAGUUUAGGAAAUACUGAAAACCAAGAACAUGUUACAAACGCAGCGUCCACUGUAACUAAUGAUCAGGAAUCUCAAAAUAUUGUAGAGUCGCUUCCAUAUGUGCCUGAACCCAUUAAGGUGGCUAUUGCUGAGAACUUACUGGAUGUAAUCAAAGACACAAGAAGUAAAGAAUUCACGUCUGAAGUUGUAGAACAAUCUAUUCAUGAAACCAUAGGAAAAAAGGGAACUAGAUUCCAGAAGGCCAGAGCUCCUUUAACAACUGUGCCAGAAGGAGCGGAAGAUGAAACCAGCAUCCAUCAAGUGGAGUAUGUUAGCACUCCUAGAACACGCACAAGGGGACAACUGAGUAGAAGUUUAAGUAUUCCAUCUGCAGGUGCUCAGCAACUUCUGAAGGCAGAUAAACCGUUUCUGGUUGGACUGUCUCCUCGGAGAAGUACCAGGCGAGCCAAAGAAGCCCCUGAGACUUCUGGUCUUCAAACAGAAGAAAAUGCUCAAGGUGAGCAAACACCUGUGAUGCCUGUUACUCCUAGGAGAGGUAGGAAGCCUAAAGUGACUAACGUACAGAAAGUAGAAAGCAGCCAUUCUGACGGACAAACAUUGUCCGUCAGUACGCAGUCCAUAGCCGUUACUCCAAGAAGAGGAUUAAGGAGAGCAAAGGAAGCUACGUCUGAAGUCUUGGAAGAAGAGGCUAUUGAGGAAACGUCUCUCUCUGAGGGUAGCAUUACUGCUUCUGCUGCUUCCAAGAGGACUAGAGGAGGAAAAAGUUCAGCAGGAGAUCAAGGACCUGGCCAGGCUGACCCUGAUCAUAAGGUAAAACCAGCCGUCAGUCCCAGCAGAAGGGCAGGAAAACUGAAGGGCAUUAAUUCACAAUUUACUGAAAGUAUUGUCAAGGACCAAGAGGCGCAGUCUAGUGACCAAGUCCUUUUACCUGUGCCAACUAAAAGAGGCAGAAGAAGAAAGAUGAGUUCAUCAGAAGUUUCAGAAAAUUCUGACCUUGAUCUGUCUAGAUCGUCACUUCCUCAAACAGAAUUUAAACUUCCUGUGACUCCUAGAAGAAGUGCUAGGAAGGGGGCCCAAAAUCUCUUGGCAGAGACACAAUCUCUCUCUACUCGGGAAGGCAUACGUUCAGGCGGGAAGGUGGAAAUCCUUGCUACUCCCAGGAGAAGUACCAGAAGAGUUCCACAUGCUAAGCCAGAAAAAACGGAUACUCAUGAGCAAACACCUGCACAGCCAAAGGAGGAAUUAACCCCACCCAGGACGGCAGUAAGGACAGGGCGUCGGGGCAGAAAGAGACGAGCAGUGUUGGAGGAGAGCACAGGGGAGGGGGCCUUCCCCCAGGGACCUGGUGGCAGUCCUUUGCUGCUUGAAGACUUAAAUCCAUCAGGACGUGAUGAAACAUCAAGAACUUCAACAGAUCGCGUUAUGAGCACCAGAUCCCGCAAAACUGCCGUGCAUCAGAAACUGCCUGUUGAGGAAAAUGCGUCCUUCCUUUUCUCCCCUCCUCUCACAAAGCUGACAAAGAAAUGUAAAGGAUCACGAGAAAAGAAGGCUCUUGGUCACCUCCACCAGUGGAAAUAAAAUUCGUCUCUCCUUUUGGAACUCCAGCAGAUGGAACAAAAAGCAAACAGAAAGAAACCGCAGACACGGCAGAGAAGACUCUACGAAAGAACAAAAAAAGACUGUCUAAUUUUCCAAAGCCAGUUGU